CGCUGUGCAGAGCAGAGAGGAGAGAGAGGCUGGCUCAGGUUUCAGAGACGCGCACUGACGGCUGAGCUGCGGCACAUAGUGGGAUCUCUCAGAGAAGACGUAGCGAAUGGGACAAACGGAGCGGAACGCAGAGGAAUAAGAGUCUGUCCCUGUGAAUCAGGAACAUCAGUGACUGACUGAUGACAAGAAGAAAAAAGACAUCUGCAAAACUUUUUCCCCAACAGAAAGAGGCAGCCUCUUAAAAGUGGUCAGGAUUGCUCUUCUGCUGCGCUUCACCUGACCAACAUUGGGAUUUCCGUUUGGAUAAAACCAGAGUUAGAAGUGUAAAAUGGAUGAGGAUCAGAAGUGGGGAGUCGCUGGUAAGCCGGGUGAGGAGAGGAGGACUUGUGGCAAGCAGCAGUGGAGAAACUGGAGAGAUUUGCCAGGCCUAUUGAUUUGCAUUGCAGUAUCUGUUCUGUGCCUUGGAGUUGGCAUUGUGGUUUUUGUGCGGACCUCGGAGCUGCAGUCCAGGGUAUUAAGUCUGGAGCAGCGGGACGCGCAGCUCUCCGCGUGGAUGUUGUCUGUGGAACAGGUGGAGCCCGUUAUCCUGGGCCGACUGGAGCAGAUCCUCGAGGAGAAGCUUGCUGCGCGGCUACCAAAGACACGGGAGGUGAGGGAAGCUCCCCACAGCUGUCUCUGUCCCCCAGGUAAGGUCCCCUCUCCGUCCAUACACCUGUCCAUGUUUAUCUUUCUGACUCAUUCCGCUUCACGGGACACUGGACACAAGUGA